UUGACAAAAAUUGGGGUCAUGCCGAAUUUUAUUCGGUAAAUAAAUCUGAUUUACACCCAUCUCAGUGCCGUUUAUACGUAUCUUACAGCUAUCAGAUGAUGGUCCAAAUAGUAGUGUAGUGCCAGUCUUUAAGUGAUUAUGGCAGCAUUACCAAAGAUGCCGGGAGAAAAGCUCAAAUGUUGCUGGGAAGCUUUUGUGCACACAGGCAGGGAGCAAAAUGAACAGAGAUCGCAGUACUUGAACUGUUUCCUAAAAAUCUACCUUGAAGAACGAGCAAAAAUGGAAGAAGAUGAUGACCUCAAGUUCAGUGAUAUGAAGAGUGCGAGUAACCUGUUGUCCCGCGAGUUUCUCUCUGAUGUUCAUCUCUGCUGCAGCCGGAGUGUGGAUGAUGAUGACACAUCUGGCCUGACCUCGUAUCUCCUCAGAAACCGCGGAUGGAUGAUACUGAAAGUGCUGAGUUAUACUGGAGUAGAGAGUUUGACAUGCAACCGAGAACUUGGAGAGUUGUUAGUAUCAUUGUUAAGACUGUGUUGCAGAGCCCCUAUGAAAGAAGGUGCCAAAAAAGGGACGUCCGAUGACUUGGCAUCAUAUGACGUCUGCUUUGCAAACCUGCCAUACCGAUCAGAAGGUGGCCAACCUCCCCCAGCUCCCUUGCUUACAAGAAGAAUAUCCAUCCCGUCUGGGACAAGCAAGAUCAGGCGUGGAAGUGUUGCAAGUAGCCGCCUACGUUAUACCAAACGCCGCCAGUCCAUCAUGGACACUCAGACCGAUUCAAGCUCUGAAGACUUUUAUGGCUCAUCGGCAAAGCCUAUGCCAAAGAAUUUAGCCACCAGGAGGCGCUCAACAGAUAUCAAUGUGGUUAAAUCAUUCAAGACGCUGGCCGGAGAAUUAGGCUUCUUCCCACACAUUAUGCAGAAAGAGAAGCUUGCAUUACAGAAGGGGAGGUUUCAAAUCCAGGAGAGCGUUGAGUUUGACGAGAUUGCUGCCUUUGAUUUAUGUGUGUUGAUGGUGGAGUUGAUUAGUUACAUAUGUCAGGGGGAUAUCGAGUCACACUUGUUGACGAAAAGUCUCCCCUCAUCGCUCUUACCUAGCUUGCUCGAGAUCUUACGCAGUUUACACGAUAAAGAGGAGGAUAUUUUCAACCUCGCUGCAGGAUGGUCUGUUGGUGAUAUGAUUCUCCUCGAGCAGCACCUUAUUCGUCUAAUCGUUGCAGUGUGUCUCAUGGUCUGCCAAUCACAGAACGGAUUCCAGUCAUUUUUCUCAUAUGAUGCUAUCCCGAUGCUAUUAGAGGUCGGUCGGAUAUGCAUGGAGAGUUUGAAUACAGAAACUGGCAGUGCUGAAAAACAAGUAACCCCACCCUACUUAUUCCUCUUAGCUGAUAUUCUAGAGGGGGUGCUACAACUUGUACACAAUCUCCUGAGAAUCCUACAAACAAACCCAUCAUCCUUGAAAAAUGCCAUUCAACUGGUGACGGAAUUUGUCGAAGGCCAUGGGUUUGAACUCAUUCACAGUGUCCUUCGUCUUGUCGACGAUAAAGUAAAGACCAAAACGAACUCUAGUCAAUUCGCAGGACUGUGUGCAUUGUCACGAUCGCUUAUUGGUGCUGUCGAAAAGGUUGUGGUGUCCUUGAAGCAAAUCAAGGUUGAAUACAUUCACGCCAUGAAGUGUUUGAAACGAAAACACUUCCAUUGUGAGUUCCAGAAGUAUCUUCACCACCAUCAUAACAUUCUUGGAUUACCGUUGAAAACGUACGAUUCAUUUUUCACGAGUAGUGACAGUUACGGUAGCUUAGAUGGUUUCAUGACAUCGAAUACAUCGACUGAUUCAGAUUUCUCAGGACAGCAAAUGUGUGUAGUGGCAACCUGGAGCCAUUUCUUGUUUAAAGUUUUCCCGACGUUAGAAUCGAAAUUCUUGUGCCAGGAAAUCCUGCAGUGUGUAGAAACUGCAGGAAUGUGCUGUUGCGUCCUCCCUGAGGUGAUCCUGAAGUCCUUCCUUGAGAAGUUUGAGACAAGAAGUAGCGUUGUGAGGCGCCAUGUUCUCAAAGUGACAGUCUGGGCUUUGCUUCAUCAGUGUGGGGGUCUCGCAAAUACCGAUUCCUUCACUGAACCGUGUGAUAUCUGCAGUGAGGAGGAAGAGGAUCCAGAUAACACUGUUUCCUCUAAAACGUUAACAUCCCUCACUCCAUCCUCAUCAAAGGAAAUUAAAGUGCUGUCAAAAGAGAGGUUACCGGGGUCAAACAUUGAUACAGACAGUGCCCUCUCUAGCGAUGCUAGUGAAGGGGAGCUUACCAAGCAAAAGUGGCAUUGUUUACAUCUGUUUUACCCACUCAUAAACAGUAAGAACUCGUCUGUUGGGUCACAGGUGACCAAAUACAUGCUGCGGCUAGUCAGCCAAGGAACUGUAAGGAUGAAGGAGGAAUUGUUCAUCACAAAUUUCCUACCAUCAAUCGCACAGGGUCGUCGGAUGCUACACAAUGUGGACAGCCCGGAAUUCGUGACAAUGCAGAACGUCAUCUUGCAUUGUUUAAGUGCUCUACCGAUUCUACUGCAGUCGCAGUCAGCGCAACAUCUGUUUCACAACCAUGGCUGCCUGCAUCACCUGAUUCAGUUAUUUGAAGUGCCAAGCUUACAAAGUGCUGUGAUGAAAGUGUUCGAGGUGCUAAUUGUUCUUGAUGAUGGCAAACUCCUCAAUCGAAUUCGAAAACUGUCGUCUGCUGGCUCAUAUGAAAAAGUCACGGAUCAAGUGUUUCAGUCCAAAAGCUGGUAUGACUUGGGACAAAAGGAUAAUGCUGUUACAGAGGCAGAAUCAGAUAGCUACAUUUCUAAAUCACAGAAAAAGCGGGCUUUGAGUAUGUGUAGUGCCACAACUGAGGUCUUCUUGGACGUCCUACUGGACAUUACCAUAACGAACUGGCCCCUUCCAAAUUACAUGUUCUUGCACCGCAGCUCUUCAAAUGAAUCUUCUAACAGCUUGCCGGUUAGUCCUAGGAUUCCAUUACACAAGUUAAAAGAGCUCAACGAAGCUACUUUGGGAAGCUUCGAGAGUGCAAGCACUCUCCGGGCAGAGUCUCCACCAGCCGCUGCAACCAGUCCUUUGGACAAGUUAUCCUUCAUGGUCUCUCUGUGGAGCUCUUGUGAGAAACUGUUCACCCAUAGUCCAACGUUCCAAGAUAAGUUCAUACAACAUGACGGUGCUAGUUUGGCGUACCAAUAUUUAGUUGAAGUUAUCCAGGUGCUUGCAGAAACUGCUGAUUCUUCCGAUGUCCCCCAUGCUGCUCCAGACAACCCUGAGCAAACUGACUCUGCCUUUACCAGUGGAGUUGAUUCCACUUCAUCGGAUGCCGAUUCUAGUGUCAGCACCAGUUCCAGUCAGACCACCAAGAAAGAGGGCGCCUCUGCCCAGAAGUUGAGGAAGCAGGACCUGCAGUCAAUCCAUGAGGGGGAGGUCUUACAACAGGAGAUGUUUCGACUGAGGUUGACAGUCAUGGAGUCUCUUUUGCUCAUCUGCUUAGGAUGCUGUCGCCAGAAUGUCACUUUUGGUGAACAGAAAUUUGCUCCCAGCCAGCUGAUAAUCAAUGUGAAGGCACUGCUUCAGAACUAUGCACCGAAGGACGUGGCUGGGUUCAAGUCUGUUUGUAUGCACCUGCUCAACUGUGCCACCCCAAGAGGAAACAUUGAAGACAUGCUGAAGACCAACAGUUACGCUUUAAUGCAUCUGAGAGAUGAUGGUGUUGAGGAGAGUGACGGCAGCAACUCUGAGAGCGAUGGUGGAUUCUCAUCUCAUGUGGAUACAGCUUACCAAGCUGAUGACGAGUCAGCUGACUCAGACUCCAGCCAAGACAAAUGGAAGCAUUCUCGAAGCCAUCAUAUCGGCCACAGCAAGGAGCUGGAGACUCUGCUCAUCUACCCCCAGAUGUGUAUCCUGGUUCUCGAGCUCCUCAUACCAGUCCAAAAAGAUACAACCUAUAACCAAGUUGUCAUCAGUUUGCUUCAAAAGAUACUCGGUAUGGCUAAGGAGAAUAAGCAGAACUGUGGUGCCCUCUAUGGUCAGGGCCUAGUGAAAGUGCUGCUCUUAGGCUUCCAUGAUGUUAUAUCUUCCAAAGCAUUUGAAGGUGAUGAAAAGCAACAACUUCUGCUUGAGAUGUUCUCGAUGUUGGCCCAGCAGACGUUCUCUGCCAAAGGACUCAAGUCAUUCCUGCAACUCUUUCUUCAGGAGAACCCUGCUGUGGAUUCUUUGCUCAACACCUUUGUAAACCUGACAGAAAGUCUUGCACCACAACCAACAUACAUCCUGUGUUUCCCAGUCACAACGGGCAGCAACCGGAAGAUCUCAUCAACCUCCGAUGGCCCCUCAUCUGUAUCAUCUAGCCCGGCUGGUGGAUCAUACUACGUCAUAUCACACUCGGAGGCAUAUGAAGUUGACGACAGCGGGAUGCGCCGGAUCAAGGCGGAGCUACCGACGUCUGGAAAUGGCAAAAAAUCAGCAUGGACAAGUUCUGCGUUACAGAUGCCUAUUGGUGAUCAGUUGGCGUGGCCACCAAUCAAGACAGGCUUCAGUUUCUCCUUGUGGCUGCGGUUACAAAGUGGCAACCAGACCGACUGGCGUUUGAGGCGAGUCAGGAAGAGUGGAAGAUCGCUUGUGAUGAAGGAAGAAAGCAGUGAUAGUUCUGGCUCUCAGUAUUCCACUGAUUUCCUAACUAUCUGGUACACUGUUCUAACCUCCUCUAAAUCUGAUGGAGGUGACAAGUUCCAACCAGACGGGUCAGACCGCCAGGUGCUCAGGAACAGUUCUGAGAAGCACAUGACGGAGAACUGCCUACAUAUACUCUCGCUUGGAUCCAAGGAACUUCUCUUUGAAUUCUGGGCUGAUCCUAGCAAUGGGAACAUCAUCAUAAGGGUGACAAGUUCUUGCUUGGAUUCUGAGAUCGUGCACGAGUCCUCCACAACCCCCUUCCUCCGCAUGGGACAGUGGGAGCACCUCUGUGUCAGCUAUCAUGAAAUGAUGGAAGACAAUACAAUCUUUGGAACAGUGAACCUAACCCUAAAUGGCUAUCAACAGCGCACUGUCAUCCUGGAAUACCCCACCAUGGUGAUUUCCCCCACCAGCCUGUCCGUCCUGAUGGGUCACCGCCUGCCGAAGUCAGAGGUCGUCAUGCAAAACUCACCCGGUUGGCAGCUUGGAAACGUCAUGAUAUUCAAAGGAUGUUCUCUGACCAAAGAGGCUGUCUUCCACAUCUACACCCUGGGACCAGACUGCACCAGCAUCGGCCUGUGUGACAGCGCUGUCCAGAGUCCGGUCUACAAGUACUUCAUAACAAAGGAGCUACUCCAGACAGACCUGGUCUAUGAGAUGCUGACUGGGAGCCAGAGUGUCAACCUACAGAACCUUAGGGAGAGCCUUGUCCUGACCUACACGCCCAGCUACCAUGGCACAUUCAACCUGUACAAAGAUAUAGAAUCGAAGCCGCUCCUGAGAGAAGCAGCAAGGAUACAGGUCACACAGAUCCUAAAAGUCUCCAGGCCUCCAACAACUAAUCUGCUGCUCCAUCAACAGCCUGAGGUCAUGAGUGUUGGAACGACGGCAAACAUCAUUCCUCAGAUGCAUAAGGGGUUAAAUGGUGCUAUUGAUGAGAUAGGAGGCAUUGGUGUCUUCCUCUUCUUAUAUGCUCGGAUUGUCGAGAAGUUUGAGGAUGAAGGUUACCAAGCCAAAGCUUUGAAAGUACUGUUCAGUCUCAUUCAGUAUAACCAGAACUAUGCCAAGGAGUUCCAGGACAUCAAUGGGUAUGCCUUGCUCAAGAAAGUCCUGUCAACCUCAAGAUGUCGUUUCGGAUUCCAGACAUUACAGGUGCUGCUUGAUGCAUGUAUCAGCGGACCGACCCUCACCUACAGCGAGACCACCGACAGCUAUGACAUGAUAUCCGAAAGUGAUGCUGUGAUACAGGACACCCAGAUUAUCAUCCACGUCUUCCUCGCUUGGAAGAUCUGGGAAAAUGUUGACACCGCCAUCUGGCAGCAGGGGCUGGAAGUACUCGAGAUGCUCAUCCAUGAGGACCACCCCAAUCAAAGCUUUAAUCUGCGACAGAUGCAAUCAAUCAAUCUGAUUGACAGAUUACUCCUGAUUUGUCAAGAGAGAAUACAAGAGGCAUACCCAUCACUUCCUAUACCGAUCUGUGACUGCAUCGUACACCUCAUCCAGAGCAUGCUUGACUCUCCACCAGAGAUGAACCACCUUGUAACGCUGUGCGACUUCCUUCUCCUGGUGCAUCCUGCUGCCAGCACUUAUGUCAUCCAUACAACAGAUACGUUUUAUUUCAAUACGAAAUGGGCGGAGACAGCCACUGACAAGUACAUACAGAAAGUUCACGACUUCACGUCCUCCCUUCCGGUGACUAGUACACCUAUGAAGCGCAAGGACAAGUUCCUGAAGCACAGGAGUGUGCUCACAAUCCCUGAAGAAAACAAGAGUCGCAGUGCUCCAACUAGCCCGAACUUGAUGAAAAAGCGGAACAGAACAUUCCCGAUGUUUGGGAAGAUGACGGGCGAUGCUGUAUCAUCAGAUGAUGCCAAGAAACGAUCAACAGCACUCCCGGAAACCAACAUUACAAAGCUUCCCCAUGAACAGCGCACUUCAGACCCCUAUCUUGUGUUGUCUAGUACAGAUUCAGAUCCUGCUCUACGACUGAAGGAGGACCAUUUCAGGUUGAGCUCAUCGGAGGAUGGCCAGACCGCAAGUUCAGAAAGUGUUCCAAACAUUUCAGUGGUAAGUCCGCAACAGCCGGUACGGAAGUCAGCAAGUGAGGAUGUGACGUUGUUUGAUGCCUUGGACUCAUAUACGGAUAAGUCUGUCAAAAACGUGAAGGAGAUACCAGUGUUUGGGAACAGUGACGAAGAUGGAAGUCUCAGCACAGUUUCACAGGGCAGUGUAUCACACACGAGUUCAAGCACAUCACUGGCAGACGGACCGAGAUCUGGGCUUGCGAUGAAAACAAAACAACGCAUCUUACAAAAUGACGAAUAUCCACAGAUGUCUCCACUUAAAUGGCAUGAGUCACAUUUUGGUUCAUUAAAAAAAGAUGACAUCUCAACCCCUACUGAUGGUAUUCCAGUGCCGAAUACUGUUGUUAAUAAGGCGGAGAUUUCAUGGAAAGAUUCCCCUGUUAGCCCGACUAAGUCUGAUGACUGGGAAAUGUAUGUUGAUCCAACGACCAUGAAGAGUGUACGUGUGAGUCUGCAGACGUCGCAGCCAAUAGAAGACAAUGUGGAGGAGAUGGAGAGGGGAUUGGUCCAGGUCAGCACUGGUUUGUUGAAUUUGCUUCGAGAUGUUGUGAUCAACCUGCCAGAUGCGAUGCAGAAACAAGUUCUAGGCAACAUCAUCAAACCAGAAGUGCUCAUCGUCCUUGCUCAUCAUGGCUCAAGUGAAAUUAGGGCGGCAGUUGUCAGGCUGCUUGAUGCCAUCUUCCACUGCUCGACAAACAGCAUCACGUCUGGGUUCCUAAACAUAAACGGGUUCCACCUCCUAGCCAGUCAGUUACAUCAGCAUUUAGCCUCUCGUCCUCUCACGGAGGCGUGUCUAUUAAUUCUGUUCGGCCAACAACAUGGAUUGGAAGAAGAUAUUGACCCCAGUCUGGUUGGGAAGAUGUCCCAACUACAGCAGAAGGCAGUGGUUCUGCUGCUGUCUCUGCUGCCCAAGACAGUCCAUGAUGACAUGCUGGCUCAUAAUACGCUCUGCAUAAUUGCUCAGAUGUUUGAGUCCAUCCCAUCGCUCGCCCCUGUGAUGUUGGAAAAUGGCCUGCUCGAGGCUCUCUGCAAUGCCAUUGUAGCCAUUGAUUUACUGGACAAGGGUACCUCCAUCCCCACCAAUUCAGACGACCCACAACAGAUCGUUUUUGGUGACUUGGAACAUAUUUUCUCUAUGAUAGCUAUCAGAGAGUUCAGCUUGAACGGCGUGAGUUACUACCAGAUGUUUGAGGACAUCAUGGUCAUGCUGGGCACCCUGGAGAGGACAGAGAGGGAGAAUUAUGGUGAGCACUCUGUGCCCGUGCUUCGCAUCCGCUGUAUCCAGUGUCAGAUCCUGCAGGCUGUCAUCGACACGAUAUGCGAGAAGGCAGAGAAACCAGCAGAUAACUACUUGACUCAAAGGAGGAGCACUUAUGCACCACCCACACGAGCAUCUCUGCCCCCGGAACGUUCUUUCAGGGAACUCCUGAAGUUCCCCAAACUGCCCCACAUCAGAAAACUCACCACCUUUGAGGACUUUAGCGAGGAGGAGGGCUCCAGUGGAUCAUUUGAGGAGAUGGAGUUUGGUUCACUGCUGGCCAUUCCUGUACGGAAUCGUUCAUUGUCUUUAGACCCAGCACGCCGACGAUCGUCAAUCUUGGAUUUGAGUCUUUUGGCAAGCCUCCAACAGAGGGCGUUAAAGAAGAAAGAAGGGAAGAUAGGUUCAAGCGAGUUGUUGGAUCGGACAAAGAAGGUGGUGGCGCUAGCAGUCGACUUAAUCUUAUAUGCUGAUCAUGCCGGGGCCCCGGUGAACCUCCGCACGCCUCAUCUUGGUAUGAAGACAGAGUACGAUGAAUCUUUGAUGUAUCAUUACCAGUUUGCAAAGUUCUUCCUGGAGUUCCUGAUGAGAGCUAUACUUGAUGGAAUGGAGAAGAAGAAACAAAAGACAUAUUGGAAGAGCUUGACGUGGCAGAGUAAGGACGUGCUCCGUGUCCAAUUCGGCCGUCUCUUUGUCUACAUGAUGUCCCUCGACUCACCGAUCGAGCAGCGGGUGUUUGCUUUGAGUCUUUUGGUUCAGGAGCCCAAAGCCAAGGAGAUGGUCAAGAUGUGUUUCACAACUCAUAUCUCACAUGGUCAGAAACUUGCUGUAUACACCCAUGACCUGGUAGUGAACCGUCAACGUGAGUUAGACCAGCAGCAGAUCCAGUAUGGUGCUCAGUUAGUGACAGUCCUGGAGCAGUGCGGAUUCAGGGCUAUCUCGCUGGAUGAGCAGUUACAUUACGAUCAGCGAACGAAUAUUGAGGAAGAUCUUGAUAUGUGGAUGAUAGAUGAGCAUAAGGGAAAGUUGGCCUGGUCCAAGAAAAGGGCUACUGCUGAACAAAGGAUAUUCCACAAGCAGGACGCCCUUGCCAGUCGGAUCUCCGCCAGUGCAAUGGAAGUGACACAGUCUGUCGUCAACACGCAAAACAUGGAACGGAAGAAGUUCAUUGAGCAUGUCAAGAUGGCGAUGGCGAAUGGUCUACAGGUGAAGAAAUCAUGGCAACAUCUCAUUCAGCAGUUGACGCAUGAAAGAGCUGUGUGGUUCUUCCCUGAGCUGUACCCACAAUCUUGGCAGCUUGACCCAACUGAAGGUCCGUUCAGAGAAAGGAAACGUCUGCAGCGAUGUCACCUAGGUAUCGACCCGAAGUUCUUCUUGAAGAAACAUCGCAAGAAGUUGGAAGCUCAGAACCACCCGCCACCCCUCUCGUACGUCUUCGAUGAUGAUCAGCAGACGUCAGACUCAGCUGCACUCAUCUACCGUCUGCAUACAAAUGAAAGAAUACAACACACGUGCCGAUGUACAAGCGUUACCACAUCCAGUGAGACAUCUGGUGAGAUGCUGGUUGGUGAAAACUGUGUUUACUUCGUAGCUGAUGAGGCAAUACACGAUGCCAACUACACACAGGUGCUCCUCGGUAAUAAAGAUUUGCUGUCGAUGAACUGGCCACAUGCUGACAUCAAGGAGAUCAUCAAAAGACGCUACCAGCUCCGGGAUAUUGCACUGGAAAUAUUCUUGACUAAUGGAAAGACAAGCCUGCUGGCAUUCGACACAACCAAGGAACGUGAUCAAGUGUACUCUCUGUUCGACGCAAUGAACCUCCCUAAUCUCAUCAAGAUGGAGAACCUGACAGCGAUUCGCCAGCUUUGGGUGGACGGGCGAAUGACCAACUUUGAGUACUUGAUCCACUUGAACAAGCUGUCGGGCCGGACGUUCAAUGACCUCAUGCAGUACCCUGUCUUCCCAUUCAUCAUAUCGGACUACGGUGAUGAACGUCUCGAUCUAGAGAAGCCAGAGUCAUACAGAAACCUUUCCAAGCCUAUUGCUGUCCAGUACAAGAAGAAAGAGGAAAGAUUCAUUCAGAACUAUAUGUGGCUGAAACAAGAGUAUGAAAAAGCUAAGGUGUCUGGUGGAGAGGAAUUUGACUUCAAGACAGAACCAUUCCACUACGGCUCCCAUUACUCAAACAGUGGCACUGUGCUACAUUUCCUUGUCCGGCUGCCUCCAUUCACAAAGAUGUUCCUCAUUUUUCAAGACCGUAGCUUUGAUGUGCCUGAUCGUACGUUUCAUUCCAUGGAUACAACUUGGAAGCUAUCGAGUUCACAAUCGACGACAGACGUGAAAGAGCUCAUUCCAGAGUUCUUCAGCCUUCCCAACUUUUUCAUCAACGCAGAAGGGUAUGCUUUUGGUCAUCGGCAAACUGGUGAGCAGGUUGAUGAUGUCACACUUCCCAAGUGGUGUCAGUGUGAUGCAAGGCUGUUCACCCUAGUCAACAGACAGGCCCUCGAAUCUGCGCAUGUCACACAGAAUCUUCAUAACUGGAUAGAUUUGGUGUUUGGCUAUAAGCAGACUGGGAAGGCUGCAGUGGAGGCAGUCAAUGUAUUCCAUCCUUCAACUUACUUUGGUGUGAACGUCGAUGCCAUCCAAGAUCCCUUGAAGCGCAAGGCCAUGGAGACGAUGAUUAAGACGUACGGCCAGACGCCGAAGCAGUUGUUUGAUUCACCACAUUCGCCAUAUCAGUUCGGGGACAAUGGUGGCGCCAUGGGCCUUCUAUCGCAGCUGCUUCUUCAGCCAGAGUCCAAACAAGGCUUGCCUGAUGACACGAUUGGUAGCAGAGGACAAGGAAGGCUCUCACCAUUGCCAACAGUGAAGGGUCUCAAGUGGGGAAACUACGUUGGUUCACCAGACCUGCAAGAUCCUGUUCCAACGUGGCAGCAGUCCCAUGGCAAUGCCGUCAUGUCUCUUGUAGCCCUGCCGACUGGUGAUCAGUUUGGUCUCGGUCCCUGUAGCUGCCUGUUGGUCAUGUACAGCAAGGAGAGAGGUGUGACGACUAUGAACACAGUGAACUGCACAUGGGUGGGUAAAGUGACAUGGGGAUACCCUGAUGGGAUCUUGAGAAUCAAGAACAAGCCCAAUUCCCCAAUGGUCAACUUCAUACACAAGCACGGUGCUGAACAGGUGACAUGUUGUGCAUCCGUACCUGACUGCCACCUGCUGUUUGUUGGGGGAAACUCUGGCGUCAUCAGCGUCUACAAUACAGAAUACAGGGGGGCAAAGCAAUGCGAGAUUGGUGUGAAAGGCAGUCGCCAGUGUCUCUACGGCCAUUCUGGAUCUGUGACGGCACUGGUUGUGAGUAAACCAUUCAGUAUCCUAGUCAGCACUGGAGAGGACGGAACCUGCAUCAUCUGGGAUCUGAACAGGCUGAGCUAUGUGCGGUCAAUCACUGACCACAAGACUCCGAUCAGACAAGUGUGCAUCAGUGACACUCUUGGUGAUAUAGCGUCUGUUAGCCAUAAAGGUAUUGGAAGCUGUCUGAUGAUCCACACAGUGAACGGCCAUCACAUCGCCACCAAGCAGACGGAUGAAUUAAUCAACUGCUUGACGUACUCCACGUCUCCUGAAGGUCGCUCGGUCAAUGUCGUUGCUACUGGUCUCAGCAAUGGUAUUGUUAGGCUUUGGAGUAGCUGGGACCUGAUGCCUGUGAAGGAUAUCGCGGUGGACUCCAUCCCAAAGCCUGUCUGCAGUUUGACCUACUCUCAUGAUGGACAGAAGCUCUUUGUAGGCCUGGUGGAUGGAAAAGUUGUACAGUUCGAGACACCGUCGCCCAACAAGACUAAAGUCAACUUCAUCCCUGUCUUGUGAUAGGUGGAGGUUUGAUAUGUGAUACUUAGGCCUGUUUCCACCACAAGGUGGGCACUGGAAACAGUGCUAAUUUCACGGGCGUUAGAUUCAUCCCGAUUUAAGAUAUUGGCUCAGUAGUUGUAACUGAACUCAAAUGACUGUGAAAACAGAGAAACCUGUGUUAUGUGGAAAAUUGUUCAUGCACGAGUAACGUUGUCUAUUUCUCAUAUUAUAUAUUACUGCGGAUUUGUGGGGUGAAUAAGUUAUGGAUGUCUUUCAGAUAUAUCUUGUGUCAUAAAUUGGGGUGACCUUAAGUCGCAAUAAAUUUGCGAUAAAAACAAACGAUUCAAGUGGUGGUCAAAUUUGCUCCAUUUUCACCCCAAUUUACAACAUUGCAUUUGUCCAUUUGUCAGUUUAAACUGUUAUAAUCAAAAAUGUAUCAGGCAAGUUCAACUUUCUAAUGUUUUGUAGACUGAACAAGUUGAUUUUGUUAAUGAAAGCUGUGACAAAAGUCUUUUCAUAUUAAAAUCAUAUAGUCCAUUCAUCCUGUUUCUACUUAAUGAUUGUGAAAAUGACAUAAUAUUAAAACAGGUGCUUUUUAUUAUUGUUGUGAGGUGCAGGCUUUGUUGAGUCAUGGUAUUACCAGACGUUUGGGAUAUAAUGUAGAAUGUUUGAUUUCAAAGAGCUUUAAACUGUUAUCUCUGUAUCAUUUUGGUAUUCAGCUUUAACUCUUUAAAGAUAUUUCUGCAUCCUUCGCUGUAAUUUGUUGUCUUCAAGUUAGUUUUUGGUGAAGUGUGAACUGCCAUAUACUUUGUAGCUGCUAUAGUCCUCACAAACUCUAAUGUCUAGAAGUCCUUUGCCACCAGUGUAUUGUAUUGUACAUGGUACUUAUGUGAGGGGGCCACCACAUGUGAGUUAGUGAAAAAACAGUGGAAAAGUGAACAUGUUGUAUGGUUAGUGGCUUGCCUAAAACCUUCCCAGCUUUGUGCAGGGUGAAAGAAAGAUUUAAUGUCCCUUUCACCCCUCUGUGUCAUCUGACAAAUGUACUGUAGCCUGUUGUAUAAAUGGUUUAUUGACUCUGAUAAAUGAAAACAUGGCUUCUACUGCAACCACAUUCAACAACUCUCAUAUAUGUAACUUUUCAUACAUUCAUUGAAUUUGUAAAUAUUGCAUGAAUAUUUUAGCUGUACAAUGUUUAUUCUCUCAUGGGACAAAUCUGAGCAAAUCUAACUGCACGGUGAUCAAACUAUUUUUUAUCUAAUUUUUGUAAAUACAAUGUGAUAAAGGUUGGUACAAAGCAGGAAUUAAACUGUUCCUUUGAUAUUGGUGCAGUAGAAUCUCUCUUAGUGGAUGCCUCUCUCUAGUGGAACCUCUCUUAGUGGACACCUCUCUAUUAAGGACACCAUCUCAAUAAAGGACACUGCAUUUGGUCUCAAAUUGGUAAUUUCCGUUGAAUUGGACCUCUGUAAUUGAGGCAUGUCUCAACCAAGGACAGCAUUUGUCAGUACCAGGGGGUGACCUUGAUAGAGAGGUUUACUCACUCCUGGAACUUGACAUUUCUAUAUGUCAGCUGUGCCAGAUAGAGAGGUUCUAUAUAGGGAUAACCUUGAGCAUUUCCAAGAGAAGGAAUAGCUUAGUUUGUUUUUGACUGUUCAAAAUACUUCCAGUUCCAAUAUUUCCUGAACAGAAAAUACUGUGACUAACUGCUCAAAGUUUAUGUCUUUGUUAUAUUCAAGUUAAAUAGUUUUUAGACUUGCUCCAGCCUGGGACAGGUAAAUACAUUCUUGUUACCGGUAAUUCUUGUUGAUGUCUGUGAAAGAACUGGUGCACUUGUGCCAAUAUUACCACAAAGAAAUAAUAUCAAAUAAAAUAUUAACCUAUG